ACCCUCCCCUCCAACUCAUCAUUUGUAUUUGAUAUUCAUUCAUCUCAAUUUGUCUCAUCACACAUAACACAACCCAAGAGCUGCAUCCCAAAUCCCACAAACAAUGAGCAAUUACCAGAGAGCACCCCAAGAACCCUACCCUGAUUAUCCACCUCCAGGGUACGGAUCGCCUUAUCCCCCACCACAGGGCUACCCGGUGACUCAACCGCCACCGGGUUACCCAUCAGCGCCGCCGCCACCUGGCUACGAAGGGUAUCCUCCGCCACCGCCACCUGUGUAUGCUGGUUACGCCGCGCGUCCUCAGUAUGAAGGCUACCAGGGAUAUUUCAAUCAGGGGUACCCUCAGCAACCUCCUCCUCCUCCGCCUCCCGGUUACCACUGCCACCAUGACCAACAUCAUCAUCAUGAUAGCCCUGGUUGUGCUUCAUUCUUCCAAGGCUGCUUGACAGCGCUUUGUUGCUGUUGUUUGCUAGAGGAGUGUUGCUUUUGAUGAUAAUCACAUCUAAAGUUGUAUGUUCAGUUUGGUGCACUUGGUUGGUUAUAGCUCUCUGGAGGAAUAUUGCUCAUAUGUCUCGCUUGAAUUGUUUGGGAUCUGGUCAGUAUUAGUCAUUCUGGUAACUCUUGGUUGUUACCCUUGCCCUUUCUGAGUUGUUCAUAGUUUAUGUGAUGUGGUCUUUGUGAAUAACUCUAUGAAACUUUAAUGUGUUGGAAAUUAUAAACAGUAUUUUGAUGUGGAAUAACAACCUAUAUAUUAUUGAUCAA